AUGAUGAAGUGUCGAAACGGCGACAUGAGUGCUUUCGAGCUAAUUGUGAUGCGCUAUAAAGACCUCAUCACGAAUUUCAUCUAUCGAUCUAUAGGCGACUACCACCGGGCUGAAGACUUGGCACAGGAGACAUUUCUGCGCGUUUUCAGGAGUGCGAACCGUUAUGAGCCGAAGUGUCGAUUCAAAAACUGGCUGUAUCUUAUCGCAACGAAUUUAUGCCGUAACGAAAUUCGGGAUCGGAAGCGGCGGAAUACCGCUUAUCUCGACGAUCUUAUCCCUGACAAUGAAGACGUCAGCUAUUUUGAGCUGAUGCAGGAUGUCAGUCAGCUUCCCGACGAAGUCUACGAAAAAAAGGAACAACAAAUCAUCAUUCAGCAAACAAUUAACCGCUUACCUGAAAACCAGCGGUUGGCAUUGCUUCUAGUGAGCUAUCAAAAUCUAAGGUACGAUGAAAUUGCAGAAGUCCUUGAGUGCUCCGUUAGUGCCGUGAAAUCACUUAUCCAUCGCGCCCGCCAGAAUAUGAAAACACUCCUAAUAGAAGUCGGGAUUGGAGAGAGUUCCCAUGCUAAAGUGUGA